CCUGAGCCCCCCAGACUCCUCCUCCCAGGUAGUGUGGGUCAUGGAGCGCGCUGAGGGAGGAGACGCUGAUGGGGCUCUGGCAGAGGCGGGGCGCCCCGACAUUCCGGGAGCCCCUCCAACAGCCAUUUCAACAUCAGGAGACAUGGGCUCCCAGGAACCCCAAGUUGCUGUCAGCCUUGGUGCUGAGAGCGCUUUGGCCACAUCUGACAGCGGAGGUCCUGGGGACCCAGCGGUUCGUGGUGGCCGUGGGCGAGGCUCCGCGGGGCGUGGCCGUGGGCGAGGCUCCGCGGGGCGUGGCCGUGGACGAGGCUCCACGGGUCGUGGCCGUGGGCGAGGCGCCACGGGGCGUGGGCGAGGCCCUUCGGUCGGUGGGCGUGGGCGAGCACGAGGCCCAGUGGUUCCCGGCGGCGGAGGCGGCAUUCAAGGUCCAGAAGUUCCUGGCUGCGCUCGAGGCCUGGCGGUUCCCGGAGGCCUGGCCGUUCCCGGAGGCCUGGCGGUUCCCGGAGGCCUGGCGGUUCCCGGAGGCCUGGCCGUUCCCGGAGGCCUGGCGGUUCCCGGAGGCCUGGCGGUUCCCGGAGGCCUGGCCGUUCCCGGAGGCCUGGAGGUUCCCGGAGGCCUGGCGGUUCCCGGAGGCCUGGCCGUUCCCGGAGGCCUGGAGGUUCCCGGAGGCCUGGCGGUUCCCGGAGGCCUGGCCGUUCCCGGAGGCCUUCAAGGCCCAGAAGUUCCCGGACGGGCUCGAGGCCCAGCAGUCUCGGGACGGGCUCGAGGCCUAGGCCCGGGGAAACCGCCGCAGGCCUUCUGGUGUUCGGUCUGUUGA